ACAAGAGAAAAAAUCAAUUGACGGUAUUAGCAAGGCAAUGUGAAGAUGGAGUUAUUUGUGUAGAAUAUACUGGAACACUGCUUGUAAUUUGGCUUUCCCAACAUAAUAAAAGAAAUUGAGGAAAAUAUUUAGAGAAAAAAGGCAAAUAUCAAGAGAUUAUACAUCCAAGUUUGAGGUGCAUUCUGUAACAGAAGAUGGCAUUAGCCCACAGUCGUGAAAAUCUAACGUUAGAAUUUGGUGAUGAUAUUUUACCUCCCUGUUUCAAUUCAUUUCUUCAUGAUCGUAAUAAUGUGACAAUAGAUUCUCCUCAAUUGGAUUUGCUUAAGCUAGAGCCAUGUAGGCAACGACAAUUUGUUUAUGAAAAAUACGAGUUCUGUGAAACUGAACUAGAUAGAAAUUUAACUGAGGAAUUCAGGAAUGAAAACAUUAUCAAGGAAGAAGAAUGCGAAGGGAGGAGAGGUAAAUUUUCUUCGACUCAAGACAUCAUGAUAUCUCCCAUUAUCUCAUCACAAGAUUUACAAUUUAUCAAUGAGACUGAUAACAGAUUCAAAUCAAUAUUACCUACCACACAUGAUAUAGAUGCUGAUGAUAUGCAAUUAAAGGGAAAAUAUUUUCAGGAUAGUCAUAGUUUCUCUAAAAAACAAGACGUUUUAACAUCCAAUAAUAACAACAACUUGAAAUUGGAUGAAAGAAAAAAUGUAUUCUUCAGUGAAUUCGCAAGUUCGACAAUAACAGCACUGUGUUCGGAUGAGAAUCAAUUUUCGAGUAAAGAUAGCUCGCCAAGUGGCAUUGCUAGCUUCACUUGGAAUGAUAACGAUUCUAACAAUAGACAUGAUUCAAAGAAAAACGAUUCAAUGCGUCACAAAAAAUCUAAAUUGGAUUAUACAAGAAAUCGUCAGCUGUAUAUGGAGGAAAGGGUAAAAGACUUUUCGAAGCAAGAUGAGCGUUAUUUUAAACAGGCAUUAACUUUAUUAGAAAAAGAAGAGGACCUAUGUUCAACUAACCCGCUUGAUCAAUCAUACAUCGACCUGCAAAUGCAAGAAGCUAUUAAACGCGAACGGAAGAAGUUAAGAAAUCGCCUCGCAGCGUCUAAAUGCCGUCGAAAAAAGCUUGAACGUGAAGCGCAACUUGAAGUUCGAGUGAGUCAAUUACAGAAACGAAAGGAAGACUUGAUUUUAAUGGCACAAUCAUUACGCAACCAAGUCACUAACUUAAAACAGGAAGCUAUUGAGCAUAUAAACGCUGGAUGUCAAAUUAACGUGAGCAUAAUUCCUUCACAAAAUCAGUUAUAUAUCUGUGGAAAAAAUAUUGAUCAACUUUGA